CAGAGAAAGUGAAACUCAUUCUGACAGCAAAUGGUCAGUCCAAAACGAACCAAGGGAAACGUUUCAUCGACAGUGACCGCCGGGAUAGUUUGGAACGUCAUCAUUGGCUUACCAAUCGACUCGUGACAAAGCGAAUAAAGAAAAUUGUCCAUCUGUGUGCUAACCGCAACUAAAAUCGAAUAUUCACAUUAGUUAGGUCCAAGUACUGCGCAAAACAAAUAAACGAGUGAGGAAGAAGUCAAAAUGAAGGCGAUAAUAUUCGCCCUCAGUGCACUAUUUGCUGUUGCAGCAGCUAGAAUUAUCAAUGAUGGGAAUCAUUUGUUGGGAGCUAAACAGUGUACGUGGGGUCCUGGAUAUUGGUGUAUGAAUAUCACGAAUGCUGCUGGAUGCAAUGCAACCACCCACUGCAUCAAGCACGUAUGGAGUACGAUGCAAGUUCCAGAGGACCAUGACAGUGUCUGUGACAUUUGCAAAGACAUGGUGACCCAAGCACGUGAUCAACUUCGGAGCAAUCAGACCCAGGAAGACCUCAAGGCUGUCUUCGAGGGCAGUUGCAGACUCAUGAUGAUCGAACCUGUUGUUAAAGAGUGUGACAGACUCGUCGACCAGUUUAUCCCCGAAUUGGUGGAGACUCUGGCAUCUCAGAUGGAUCCAUCUGUCGUCUGCUCAGUCGCUGGUCUUUGCAACUCAGCUCGCAUCGAUCAAUUGCUCGUCGAGCACGAGGCGAUGCUUAAGAAGAUCAACCCUAGAGCCGUAUCCCUCAAGAACGACGAGCUCACUCCAGACGAGUGCUCUCAGUGCUACACGAUAGUAACCCACAUGGAGAGCAAGCUUUCCCAGACCCCACCAGACCAAAUGGCCAACGAAUUAGUCUCUCUCUGCGGUCAACUUGGCUCCUUCUCCGAUGCCUGCGCCUCCCUAGUCCUCGUGAACUUCGACACUAUCUACAGCCACGUAAAAGACAACUUCAAGGCCAACAACAUCUGUCACCUAUCCGGCCAGUGCAGCGGCAAAUACCACAAGCACGAGGUCGAAGCCGAUAAGGGUCCAGUCGUUGAAAUCCGUCCACUAUCAAGCGUGGGAAUGGUGGAAGUGGGUGACGAUCUCCCCUGCAAACUCUGCGAGCAAUUGGUCGGACACUUGAGAGACCUCCUCGUGGCCAACACUACAGAAUUGGAAUUCCAACAAGUUCUGGACGGUCUCUGCAAGCAGACCAAGUCCUUCGCUGACGAGUGCAAAUCUCUCGUCGACCAGUACUACCCGGAGAUCUACGAGUACCUCGUCCACGGAUUGAACAGCAACGCCAUCUGCCAAAUGGGAGGAAUCUGUCCACUACCAGGUAAGGUGGAGACGCCCAUCAUGCCUCUCCUCCCCCGACGCCCAGCAGAAAUUGCAGUUCGUAUUAUGAACGAACAGAAGCAGAAGAACGUAGGGGUUGGCGGUGCAGGACAAAGAAAGACCUAUCCCAAAACUGAAGCUGACGAGAUGCAACUUCCAAUCGAGAGACUCCAGCCAUUUGCUGUCCUGUCCCUUCCCAAGAUGGACGUCGAAGGCCAGCAGACAUGCUCCUUCUGCGAGUACCUCUUGCAUUACCUGCAACAGGUAAUCACAAGCCCAACGACUGAGGAUGAAGCGAAACAAGUUUUGGACAAGGUCUGCAAGAAGUUGCCUGGCAGCGUUGAAGGUACCUGUGACGAGUUCGUCAGCACUUAUGGACAGGCUGUGAUUGCUCUGCUAGCUGAGGAGAUCGAUCCUUCAAUCGUUUGUCCCGUUAUACAUGUCUGCCCAUCAGAGGCCGCCAUGGAGGCCUGGGGAGCUAUUCCUCGGGAGUUGACGCUGGAGGCUGAAGUUCAGAACAAACCCAGCUGUCCUCUCUGUCUUCUAGCUGUCACUCAACUGUACAAUGUCAUCAAGGAUAACAAAACUGAGGCGAAUAUCGAAAAGGAGUUGGAUAAGCUUUGCAAUCAUCUCCCCAAAGACUUGAACAACCAAUGUGUGGACUUGGUGAAGGGCUAUAGCAAGGAACUUGUUGAGAUGCUUCUGGCGGAUCUCACGCCUGAGGAGGUCUGCGUCGCCGUCAAAUGGUGUGACGCUCAGAAGAACGUAGAACCUACUGGCUACUUCCCCAUGGACCAGGAAGGAGAGAUCAUGACUAACGAAAUACCGAAUUUUCCGGUCCACGCGGAGAAGAAGACUAAGGAUGAUCAAAAAUGCGUUGUUUGCGAGUUUAUUAUGCAGUACGUCGAGAAGGCAAUGAAGAAUAAAUCAACGAAGGAUACGAUUGAGAAGGUUGUUCAUGGAGCUUGCAAUUAUCUUCCGAAGACUGUCUCAAAGGAGUGUAAUGACUUUGUUGAUCAAUACGCUGACAUUGUGAUUGAUCUGUUGGCGCGGGAAGUCAGUCCCAAAGAGGUUUGCACUGUGAUUGGACUGUGUCAAGCUGACAUGCAGAAGGUAAUCGAUUCCAUCGCUGAAUGCGCAUUGUGCCAGGGGAUCAUGUCGUCGGUUGAUACCAUGUUGACGGAUCCAAAGGUCGAUGAGAAGAUUGAGGCUGUUGUGGGUAAAGCAUGCACGCUGCUUUCUCCCAGCAAGCAGGGCAAGUGCACGAUGAUGCUGGAGAUCUAUGAGCAGAGCAUCAUCAAUCUUUUGAAGAAUGGGGUCAACACCAAGGAGGUCUGCAGGAAACUCUCACUCUGCUCGAGCAGCGAUUUCUUUGCUAUGUCUACUGAGCAUUUCAGAGACAGGAGGGCUGAUGAUUUGGGGAAGAGAAGGUGCACCUGGGGAGAAUCUUAUUGGUGCGGUGAUAUGAAUGCAGCUAAGGAAUGUGAUGCCGUGGAGCACUGCAAAGUCAAUGUAUGGAAGAGUGAUACUCCGGCCACCCCUCGUCAUGCUGAGUUCACCGAGGAGAAAUCAAGAUCUUAAAAUAUAAUUUUUCUAAAAACCUUCAAGAUAUUUCAUAUAGGAAACAUCAUCUCAUAAUCAGAAAUUAAAAAUUUUACAAGUUUCCUCUACUUAACUAUAAAGAAGUAUAAGCGGGGGACAGGCAGUGAGAUCUUCCGUGGUAAAUAAUCAUACUCGAACCAAAAGAAUCAUUGAAUAAUGAAGUGACUAACAUUACUCAUUAAUGGAUGUAUGUAGACGCUAUUAAAUGCCUUUUUUUCUUAUAAAAUAUAUCUAAUUCAUUGUAUUUCAAUAAGGUUCUCCAUUAAGGCAGUGAGGAAUUUGGAAAGUGAUUGUUCUCUAUAUGCCUUGUGAAAAUUUAUACUUUUUAAUUUCAAUGAGGGACAUACUAGUAGAGAGAGGGGAUUGAAUUCGUUACAUUGUACAGUAACUGUGAUAACGAUUAAAUGUUCUGCAUAAGGAGUUUUAUUUGUUUUGAGGUGACUCACCCCAGCAGUUGCAAUAAAAAAAUUAUAUGAAAUA